AUGUUGCGUCGCCAAGCCCGUGAGCGUCGAGACUACCUCUACCGGAGAGCUCUCACUCUCCGCGAUGCCUCCAUCGCCGAAAAGCGCGCCCAGCUGAAGGCGUCGCUGGCCUCCGGAAAGCCCGUCGAUCCCUCGGUUGCAGAUGAUAAAGCUCUGCGCGAAGACUUCAAGUACGAUGAGUCGAUCACCCCAGCAGACAAACAAAACAAAGACGAGGUCGACCUCGACGACGAAUAUGCUCUCACGUCGGGUAUUGCCGACCCCCGUCCUAUCGUGACCACCUCUCGCUCCCCUUCUGUCCGUCUGGGCACCUUCGCCAAGGAGAUUCGUCUGCUUCUUCCGACCUCCAUUCGCCUGAACCGUGGUAACCUCGUCCUUCCGGACCUGAUCUCAAGCGCAAAUGCUGCGGCGCUGACGGACAUGAUUCUCCUGCACGAGCACCGUGGUACGCCUACUGCGAUGACGAUCUCUCACCUUCCCCACGGCCCGACUGCUAGUUUCUCCCUGCACAAUGUUGUUCUACGUGCGGACAUUCCCGAUGCUGCCCGCGGAACUGUGUCGGAGAGCUAUCCCCACCUAGUUUUCGAGGGAUUCACGACUAGACUGGGUCUUCGCGUGGUCCAGAUCUUGAAGCACCUGUUCCCCCCGCGUGAGACCGGCAAGGUCGGCAACCGUGUCGUCAGUUUUGUGAACAAGGAGGACAGCAUUGAGGUGCGCCACCACGUCUUCGUCAAGACCGGGUACCGGGAUGUUGAGCUGGCGGAAGUUGGCCCUCGUAUGACAAUGAGGCUGUUCGAAAUCCGCGGAGGAACUUUGGAGAAGGGCUCCAGUGGUGAUGUCGAAUGGGCUCUUACCCAAUACACCAGGACGAGCAAGAAGAAGGAUUAUUUGUGA